AUUAAACGAACACACACGAAGCUUGGACGAGCCGCUAAACACUACUUUGUAACAAUUGUAGCUCCCGGCACUAGACGCCUUGUCGAGCUCUCUUGCAUAUUCCGAUCUCCUCUUCCCGUUUAUCGCGUAAUUACCUAUUUAUAAUCAAACGGAUUUUCCUACGAGUUGGUUAGAAAAAAAAGGGGUGGGAGCGAAAGAAAGAGAGAGAGAGAGAGAGAAGGUAGACACAUUGGAAAGCGGAGUGUGUAAGAAAGGAUUGUCAAAGGAUUAUCAAGACGAAAGUAGUGAUAUCUUGGAUGCGUAUCGUUUCAUUUGUUUUUUCAUUAUCGCUGCCAAUUAAAGAAUCUUGAGACUGAAAAUAAUUUAACGCAUUAUGGAGUAUGUACUGAUUAAAGAUAUACGCCCCGGCCAAAAGAAUAUCAAUGUAGUAUUUAUCGUCCUCGAGGUUGGUCAUCCCACCAUCACGAAGGAAAACCGCGAAGUUCGAACUUUCAAAGUUGCGGAUAGUACAGCGUGCAUGAAUGUAUCGAUUUGGGAUGAGCCAGGAACGCUGCUUGUACCUGGAGAUAUUGUUCGGUUAACUAAAGGUUACGCAUCCGUUUGGAGACAAUGUCUAACAUUAUAUUCUGGGAAAAAUGGAGACAUACAAAAAAUUGGAGAGUUUUGUAUGGUUAUAAAUGAGCAGCUAAAUAUGAGCGAACCUAAUCCAACAGUGGCUACGCAAUUAGUAAAUCAAUGUUCUGUAUCUGCAAGCAACAAUAAUGUCACCAACAAUGGCAAUGCCAAUAACAUUGCUGGGCCCCCAGUAAGAUCUUCACUGACGACACAGGGCAAUACAACAGCACCAACAACUUCCACUACGACGAACAGUACGUCAUCGUCUGGUAAAAGUGGCAAUGGAGCCAAUAGUAACAGCGGUAGUAAUAAUUCUUCGCAAUCACAGAGCACGACGAGCAGCUCGUCCUCGUCGACGACGUCGACCACCAGCGGCAAGUCCUCGAGCACGAAAAGCGGACCCCGAGGUCGCGGUAACUACAGCAGAAACGGCAGCCGCAGCGAGCGCAGAUAACAUAACUCGUCUAAGGCCUCGUC